UUUUAAGCAGCGAAUUAAUUUUUGGAAUCUUGUAGUCGGUCGUCAGUGGUCGUAAUUACGUUUGCAAGUUAAAGCAUUUACAAAAAUAUGAGUUUUGAACGAAGGGUAAUUGCCGAGGUGAAAAAGUACGAAUGCCUAUACAACAUGCAGGCGUUGAAUUACAAAGACGCGGCGUUCAAAGAUAAGCUGUGGCAAAAAGUUGCCCAAAAAUGUGGCUCGAAUGUAGAGGAAUGCAAGAAAAAAUGGAAGCAUUUACGUGACUGUUACAAUCGAUGUAAGAAGCGUGAUUUACUGUACUCUAAGGAGCAUCCGGGGGACAUAAGACGGAAAAUAUGGCGUUAUAAAAAUCAAAUGGAUUUCUUAUCGCCCUUCUUCAACCAAAAACAAGCCCUACAAAAUCGAGACUCUUUCGACUAUGACGACGACUUUGGCUCUCCGGUGCCAACACAAGCAACAGAUGAAUCUUCAGGAAUCGAAGAGCCAACAAAAAUCGGGGAAAUUUGCGCCGAAGAUGAAAGUAUUGAAGCUGAAUCAUUAAAAGAACUUGACCCGGACGAAAUAGAUGCGGAGAAUGUGGAAACAAUGUUUACAAACUUCGUAGAAACUACAAUCCCGCCUGUUUCGAAUGUGUGCGACUUAAGAAGAGAGGAAGAGGGCGACAGCACAACUUUAAUGUUUAAAUUGUUAGACCGUAAAAUAAAGCAAGCAGCGCUUACGGAAGAACAAAUUUCUGAUAUGGAGACUAGCGUCAUGUUGUUUGUGUAUAAAAAGCUGUCUGAAUAUAAAAAAAGAAUAAAACCAUAAAUUAAGUAGACAAUUUGA